GCGAAGUUGAAGUGGCCCGGCCGGAUUUCUCGGAAGCUAGUUAGUACGGAGCAGUAUAUAUAGAGAGGGAGGGUGUGAGAUUUUGGGGCACGAGGCGUAAUAAUCUCAUUCCAUCAAGAAAAUCAAUCUCUCUCUAAAUCUCUCUCUCUCUCUCUCUCUCUCUCUCUCGAGUUCUGGAUCGAUCAAGAAAACCGGCCAUGGAGGAAUCCCAAAGUCUCUCUCCGUCGUCGUCUUCAACAACUACAACAAAGGUCUCCUUCGCCUCAUCCGUGGCCGCCGGCCUAGCCGGUCUUCGCAGGGAUGACGCCGCCGAGAUGUGUGCGAAAAAGUUACUGGAAGAGAAUCAGCAACAGCGGGGUGGCGGCCCAUUGGACCUGCUGCUGCGUUCCGUGCUGCGGCUGCCAGCGGACGGCGGCAAGAUGGAUGAAGUGAGAGAAGAAGAUGACGACGCCCUCCUACCCUCUGUCCUUGCCUCCGAUUUGGAGCAAAAGAAAGAUUCCUUCUCUGCUGUUGAUCCAGACUGCCUCCUCAAGUUCCUCAGCCACUUGGUGUCUACCCCAACGCACACAGAGAAAUAUUUCGUCCUUAUCGCAGUCCUCAUGGAAAAAGUCCUGAGUUGGCGCCUAGUGAGUGCCGAGGCGCUCGCCUUGGAGAUCGGGGAACUACUUCCGGCCGACCCUGCCCUGGCGGCUGCCGCCUUCGACUUCAUCGGAUUCCUUGGCCGGCAGGUGGCGCCGGCCACCCCUUCUCCUCAUGGUGCUGCGGCGGCGGCCGCUUUGUUGCUUCCCACCCUCACAACCCUGCUCUUGGACGCGGUGGGGUGGACGGAGGACUUCCGCCACUCCCUCAAGGCUUUGCACGAGGUGACCUCUUCAUGGUUCCGUCUGGAGGAUGCCGGCCACCUCCUCUCCCACGGAAACCUUUUGGCAGUCAUGCGCACCCUCAAAAAGAGCCUCUCUUCUCGCUGGAAUGGCAGCCGCGACGACCACCAUGACGCCUGGGAAAUGGUUUCCCACAUAACCAAGCCAUUCUUCACAAUUGUCCCCAGCGCCGCCGUAAUCAAAGAGGAGCCCGGCCUUCUGUGCAUGACAUGCAAUCCAAAUGAGCAGAAGAAAAAGGUUCCAGAUUGGUAAUUUCAUCCAUCCAUUCAUCAUCAUAUCCGACAAGCUAGCUAUAUCGGCAUCUACAUACAAUAUUAUUCAUUCCUAUACCUACCAUGG